CGGUGGAGAUCCAGCCCUUCAGCACGCUGCUCUCUUACGUCCCGUCCGCGAUCAGUGAACUGGCCGCGGCAGAGAUUUCUCCUUCGGCUCGGAUCUUAUCUUUUCUCCAACUGAGCUCUUUCUAGUCUUUUGCGCGCUUGGCAGUUAUCGGAGUAGUACAGCGGACGCGUCUGUGCGUAGUCGUGCGCAAAUCUUUCCGAGGCUGCGCCUCCGUGGCAAUGGAUUGAUUUCAGUGUUUUUUUUUUUUCUCCUCCAACCUCUGCCUCGACCAAGUUGAGAAAACAGUCUGUAACCUGCGGCUCUCUCCUUCCAGCUACAUGUUUCAUCCGGCCAGUUUUAAAAGUAGCCUACCUGGCUCCGGAUGUUCCUGCACAUUUUAGGACUUUGAACUUUUUUUUUUUUCUCUUUGUGCAUUCACAGGAGGUGGCCGGGGAUUUUAAGGAUUUAUUUAUUUUUUCCAAACCGCUUCUCCGGGGUUCUUAAAGCCUGCAAAAAUUAAUUUGUGAAAAGUGAUGGCCGAGCGGGGAGCUCUGUCGCUCCUCUCUCUCCUCUGUCUCACCUUUCUCUACACGGAGACCACCGCGGCAAAGCAUGUCGACAAAGGUUCAGGAGCGCAGCCCUUCAGCCCCUUCUGGUUCACAGUGGAGCCCCAGGACACACUGGCCAUACGGGGGAACUCCGCUUUCCUCAACUGCUCUGCACACAGCGAUGCAGCCACGCCGGCACGCAUCGAGUGGAAGAAAGACGGCACCUUCAUGAGCCUGGUUUCAGACGAGAGGAGAAAAAUACUGCCCGAUGGCACGCUGUUCUUCUCCCAUGUUGUCCACUCGAAACAUAAUAAGCCAGACGAGGGAACCUACCAGUGUGUUGCCACCAUCGAGAACCUGGGAUCCAUAUCCAGCCGCACAGCACGCCUUGCUGUAGCAGGGAUGCCCAGGUUCGCCAGCCAGCCGUUGCCAGCCGCUGUGUAUCUCGGGGACAGUCAGGUGAUGGCAUGUGAGGUCAACUCGGAUCUGGUGGCCUUCACCCGGUGGGAGAAAGACCGUCAGCCCCUGCAGCUGAGUUCCAAGUUGAUCCAGCUUCCCAGUGGAGCCCUUGUCAUCAGCAAUGCCUCGGAGGCUGAUGCCGGCCUCUAUCGCUGCCUGGUGGAAAAUGUUGGCUCUUCCAAGUCGAGCGAUGAGGCCCAGCUCCAAACACUGCCAGAAACUGGAGAAGAGAGGAAGAUGGAAUUCCUGGUGCAGCCUGUAUCUGUGACCAAGGUGACAGAUGGCAGCGUUCUGCUGCCCUGUGUGGCCACGGGUUACCCUACACCACGCAUCAGUUGGAUGUUUGGAGACAAGCUGCUGGAAGAAAGUGAUGGUCGUGUGGAGGUGCUGGGAGGUGGCAGUCUCCAAAUUUCCAACCUCACGGAGGAGGAUGCCGGCAUCUACACCUGCAUUGCGGACAAUUCCAACACCACCAUCGAAGCCCAGGCCCAACUCACAGUACAAGUUCCUCCCCAGUUUGUGAAGCGACCAGCCAACAUUUACGCCCACGAGUCCAUGGACAUCAUCUUUGAGUGUGACGUGUCAGGGUCACCAGCUCCCACUGUCAAAUGGGUCAAGAAUGGAGACGCUGUCAUCCCCAGUGAUUACUUCAAAAUAAUUAAGGAGCACAACCUGCAGGUUUUGGGUCUGGUCAAGUCAGAUGAGGGUUUCUACCAGUGCCUGGCGGAAAAUGAUGCGGGCAACAUCCAAUCCAGCGCCCAGCUCAUCAUCCUGGAUCACGGCUCCAGAGGUGUAGGCAGUCCAGCAGGGCCUACCCCCUGCCCCCGAGACGUCGUGGCUUCACUGGUGUCCACUCGCUUCAUCAAGCUGACCUGGCGUCCGCCAGCUGAACCGCACGGAGACGAGUUGACCUACUCCGUUUUCUACAGCCAGGAGGGCACAAGCAGGGAACGAGUAGUGAAUACCAGCCGUCCAGGGGAGAUGCAGGUCACCAUCCAGAACCUCAUGCCAGACACCAAAUAUCGCUUCAGGGUUGUGGCCCACAAUAGUAACGGCCAGGGCGAGAGCUCUGCAGCGCUCAAAGUGGCCACCCAAGCUGAAGUCCAAGUGCCCGGCCCGGCUCCUAACCUGCAGGCGGUGUCCAACACGCCAACCUCUGUUGCUCUCAGCUGGGACAAACCCCUCACCGGCAAUGGAGAGAUCCUCACUUACAAGCUGUACUACACAGACAAGAGCGUCGGCAAAGAGGAGGAUGUUGACAUAGACGGUCAGUCGUACACCAUGACCGGGCUGAAGAAGAACACGGAAUACAGUUUCCGUGUGGUGGCCAACAACAAACACGGUCCAGGCGUCUCCACUGAGGACGUCACUGUUCGCACCCUGUCUGACGUACCAAGCGCCCCACCUCAAAACCUCACUCUCGAGGUCCAGAACUCAAAGAGCAUCGUGCUUCGGUGGCAGCCUCCACCCCUGAGUGGCCAGAACGGGAAAAUCACCGGCUACAAGAUACGAUAUCGGAAAGGAUCCCGCAGGAGUGAAUCUGAAACCACUGAAGGCACCCAGCUUUACAAGCUCAUGGAUGGUCUAGAGCACGGAACAGAGUACUCGUUCCGGGUGUCGGCUAUGACAGUAAAUGGAACGGGACCGGCCACUGAGUGGAUGACAGCAGAGACGUUUGAGAGCGACUUGGAUGAAUCACGUGUACCGGACCAGCCUAGCUCGCUGCACGUCCGGCCGCUGGUCAACAGCAUCGUGGUGAGCUGGACGCCGCCGGAGAACCAGGACAUCGUGGUACGCGGUUACACCAUUGGCUACGGCAUCGGCAGUCCCCACGCGCAGACCAUCAAAGUGGACUACAAGCAGCGCUACUACACUAUCGAGAACCUCGACCCCAGCUCCCACUACGUGAUCACACUAAAAGCUUUCAAUAACGUGGGUGAAGGUAUUCCUGUGUACGAGAGCGCCGUCACCAGACCACAGUCAGACCCCAUAGACCCCGAUGUUGACCUGUACGAACUCUUCCAUGCUCCAUACACCCCAGUACCAGACCCUCUCCCCAUGAUGCCGCCCGUGGGUGUUCAGGCCUCCGUGCUGAGCCACGACACCAUCAAGGUGACCUGGGCCGACAACUCGCUGCCCAAGAGCCAAAAGAUUACAGAUAACCGCUACUAUACAGUGCGAUGGAAAACCAACAUCCCUGCCAACACUAAAGUGAAGAUGGCCAACACCACCAGUCUGAGCCACAUGGUGACGGGUCUGAAACCCAACACGCUGUACGAGUUCUCCGUCAUGGUGACCAAAGGCCGCCGCGCCAGCACAUGGAGCAUGACAGCCCAGGGCACCACCUUUGAGACCACUCCCAGCUCCGCCCCGAAGGAUGUGACUGUGGUGAGCAAAGAGAACAAACCCCGCACCAUAAUUGUCAACUGGCAGCCUCCCUCUGAGGCCAAUGGAAAAAUCACUGGAUACAUCAUCUACUACAGCACAGAUGUAAACGCUGAGGUCCACGACUGGGUUAUUGAACCAGUGGUGGGUAAUCGUCUGACUCACCAGAUCCAGGAGCUAACGCUGGACACCACCUACUACUUCAAGAUUCAGGCCCGAAACUCAAAGGGCAUGGGCCCCAUGUCUGAGGCUGUGCAGUUCCGCACUCCAAAAACUGAGUCCUCUGACAAAAUGGCUAAUGACCAAGCCUCAAAUCUUCCACCAAAGCCGGGACUUUCAGGAAGCCAACCUCCACGGGACCCCGUUCCACCUAGAAUUAAAGAUGGGGAAAAUCACAUCCUGGUCAUUGUCAUAAUCAUCUCAGUGGGAGCCUUCACCAUCAUAGUGGUGGUAGUGGGGGCCUUCCUGUGCACACGGCGCACCACGUCCCACCAAAAAAAAAAGCGGGCUGCCUCAAAGUCCUCUAACGGCUCCCACAAAUACAAGGGAAACUCCAAAGACCUGAAGCCACCUGAUCUUUGGAUUCACCACGAGAGGCUGGAGCUUAAACCCAUGGACAAGUCGCCAGAGCCCAACCCAGUCAUGACUGAAACCCCCAUCCCGCGCACCUCACAGGACAUCACCCCCGCUGACAGCGGAUUGGAAAGCAACCCCCACCUGCAGCAGAGGCGCAACUCCUACCGUGGCCACGAAUCAGAGGACAGCAUGUCUACACUAGCAGGCCGACGAGGGAUGCGGCCUAAAAUGAUGAUGCCUUUUGAUGCGCAGCCGCCUCAGCCCGUGAUUAGCGCUCACCCCAUCCAUUCCCUCGAUAACCAUCACCACUAUUAUCACUUGGGCAGCCUGUCGUCGCCGACACGCAGCUACCUCUACCACCAGGGCAGCGGGCACCCACGCCCGCACACCUGCACCACCCCCAUCUCUCAUCUAGACAGGGUGGACUCUACAGAGUCGGUGAGGAACACCCCCAGCUCUGAGCCCGCCCCUCCCGCCACCGCCUCCUCCCAAGCCUCCUGCCCCUCAGAGAUCCUGGCUGACCCUGAGGGCAGCUACCACGGCUCCACCACCACAGAGGAGGAGCCUAGCUACUCCAGCAACCUGCCCCCGCUCCGCUCAGCUCACCCACAUGCCCACGCCCACCCACUCAAGAGCUUCGCCGUUCCUGCUAUCCCAGCCUCCAGCCAUCCAUCAUACGAGUCGCCUGCCCUGCCCAGCACUCCCCUUCUCGCUCAGACUGGGCCUCCCACUCACCCGCACGUUGUGAAAACAGCCUCCAUUGGAACACUAGGAAGGACGCGAACACCGAUGGCGGUCACCGUGCCCAACAUCUCUGAUGUGCCAGAGACCAGCAAGAUGCUCGAAGAUGUAGACAGCAGCUACGAGCCCGACGAGCUGACCGAGGAGAUGGCCCAUCUCGAGGGCCUGAUGAAGGACCUGAACGCCAUCACCACGGCGCCAUGAGCAUGCACUCGCACCAAAACACACACACAUUUUCCCUGUCCACCACACACACGUAUACACACAUACACACAUACAGAAAAGACACACAUUCUGAAGUCAAAUAAACAUAACCAAACAAAAAAAUAAAAACAAAAAAAAAAAUCCCUUUUGGAGCCAGAGGCUGCUGGACACAAAAUGGCUUCUUGUGCCCACGAAAACUCUCACGUCUCCCCUCCAGAGAAAAACAAACUUCCAGACUGAAAUGUAGGAACUUUUUUCGGCUUACCUUGCUCAGUCUCAGGAAGGAGAUCGCCAUGAUAGGGAAGAAAAAGUGAGACACUUCAUCUUUAUAUGAAGAACCAUUCUCAGAGACUAUGAACUUUAAAAGGAAAAAAAACAAGAAAAACAUUGGUCGCUUUCAACCGGAAGAUUGUGAAUUUUUUUUUUUUCCUCAGCAAAAAUGGUAGGUUCUUUUUUUGUUUGUUUUGGGGGUUUUUUUGGUGCCGAACACUCACUUUUGAGACGGUCGAUUCAGUGUCAAGUCCAAAAAUAUGCUGGUUUUGAUGUUGGUGCUCAUGCGGCACAGUCUACACACAGUGUUUGUUUGAUUAGUGUUUUCUUUGUGCAUUUUGUAUAUCUAUUGGACCGUUUCAGUGAAGUGAACAUGGGAUUUCAGCCCCCCCCCCUUUACAACCUUACAUUAUUCAUAAAUUUUUUUUUUACCCACUUUUACCCACACGUGUCAUAUGUUGUGCCAUGACUUUUUAUUGUUUUUUAUGUUAUUGUAUUAUUUUUUACAUAAAUAUCCUUAUAAACAUGUACAUAUGGUUUUUGUUUGUUUGUUUUUUUUUUUAAACUGCCUCAUUUUUUUUUUAUGUUUCCCGUCACUUCAUUAUUAUUAUUUGGGAUGAAAGUGGAAGAACAAAAUUAGUCCUGAAGCUCAGUUUUCAUAUCAGCAGGGGAGAGAGACCUGGUGCGUUUCUACAGUACAUUCUUCUCUGGCAUUGCGUUGCCCCCUUUGUACAUUAAAAUGUUUUCCCAUCUUUGGUUUGUUGUGGGAGCUCCGUUUUAAAAGCCUUACCAACGUGUUUGUAUGUCGGAGACGACUCGGCUCCGCAUGGAUGUAACUCAGCUGUCAUCGUCGGCAGCUUCAUCGUUCAGUGGGACUUGACAGUAUCUCCUCGCGGGUCAGGGGUACCAAGGACUCGGGGCGCUGAUCCCCACCCCUCCUAAAUAAAGAUAAAUCAAUAAACAUCAAUCAAGUACAAUAGAGUUGCGUUUUAUACGAGAAGUUAAGGUGAAUGGGUGUGUCAUUCUCUGAAAACCAAUAUUUGGUUUCAGGCAUCUGUACUGCUGAACCACACAUGUGCGUGUGUGUGUGUGUGUGUGUGUGCGCGCGCCCCCCUCCUCCCACGCUUGCCCUCGGCGGAGUGUGUUUGCUGUUUUCCAGCACCGUGGUUCUUUUACAAAAGUUACCAGAUGCAAAGAUGUUGGCCUUUUGAAGGGGACUCCCAGAUUUUUUUUUUUUUUUUUUACUUUUUACAUGACAAGUUUUGUAUGAAGAAAAAAGAAGCAGCUUGUUCUCGACACAAAUCCAGUUUAAAAAAGGAAAAAAAAAGAAGGAAAAAAAGAAACUAGUUUUUCAUUACCCUCUUACCCAAAGAAACUUGUCAUUUUGCGAUCAUAGUAAUUUGCUCUACUUUUGUGAAUACCAUGUUUCUCAUAAAUGUACAUCGUCAUGAAUGUCAGUAUAACUGUAAGAGAUUUUUACUAUGGAUACAAACAAGAAACAAGUUUUUGUGAGGGGGGGGAGGAGGAGGGAGGUAACAAAAAGGGGGGUGGGGGGGAGAAAAAGGAACGGACUCCAUUUGGGAAAUAAUCUAUUGAGUUGUAAACAGUUGAACCUGUAUUGCACUUUUUCACAAUUUUUGGAAAGUACAUUUCUUACAUAUCUUGUGUUUUAAAUAUCGAAAGCUGUUUGUGUAACGUAGUGUCCUAGGUAAGCAGCAGGCAGCUGGUCUUGUUUUUCAUGUUUAUUAUUAUUAUUAUUAUUAUUAUUAUUAUUAUUAAUUUUUGUUUUGUUUUGUUUUUGCUUCAGAGAUGAUAUGAAUUGAGCAGCCAGGUGUUUUACUCCGCAGCUCGCCAUGAGGAAUUCUGUCGUUGCUUGUUCAUGUACAGAGCUUUCUUUGCUUUCUGUAGAAACAACAAAAAAAAAAAAUCUGUGGCUUUUUAAAAAAUGUUGGAAAAAUGUUUGGGAAAAAAAAAAAAAGAUGUUUUUUUUAUUGGUGCUCCUAUACAUUGUGUAUACAAACAAUUAUGAAUACUAACAAAGUAAA